GUUACGCGGUACGCGCUACGCUCUCGCGGUGUAAUCCGCAAUCAUCACCAGCAGUUGCAUAUGUGAGACGUUACAACGUUCUGUAACUGCUGGUGGUGAUUGCGGAUUACACCCCAUGUGCCCGCGGCCUUAGCUUUAGUAAUCGAACACAUCUAGUUGUAACCUUCCAGGCUUCUUAUGAAAAAUUGUCUACUUUUUCAGUGAUGCAAAAUAUUAAUCAUCUAAAAUAGUUACGAAUCCAUAUUGAAAUAAACUUUAAGAUUGAAACAAGAAUUUUAAUAAAAGUUGCCUGAAUAGUUCAUUGUUAUCUAAAUAACGCUUUAUCCAUUUGACUGGUUUUUAUACAAGGUUUUAAAUACUUCCUAACUGAUUCAAAAUGUCUUUAGCUGAUAAACUUUUAGCAGAUCUUGAAGAUGAUGCUGAUAUUCAAGAAGAAGAAAUACUAGAACAGUUUUUCCCAGCAUCCUUGUCGUCAUCUAAAUUAACAGAGAAAGAAAUUAAAGUUGAUUCAAUUAAAGAACUUGCAAAGUUGCGAGACUCACCAUUAAUGCGAAAAGUCACAUCCAGUAUUGACAGUUAUAGUAAAAUUACAAGAAAAUCUGUGGACAUUGUUGGUCCAGUAGAAUCUGACCCAGAAUAUCAGUUAAUUGUUGAAGCUAAUAAUUUGGCUGUUGAAAUUGAUACUGAAAUUGCUACUAUACAUAGAUUUACAACAAGUAAAUACUCCAAAAGAUUUCCAGAACUUGAAUCCUUAGUUGUUGAACAUUUAGAGUAUUUAAUGACUGUCAAAGAAUUAGGUAAUGACUUAGAUAAGGCUAAAAACAAUGAAAUUCUACAAAAGUUUUUAACUCAGGCUACUAUUAUGGUUGUAUCUGUAACUGCUUCUACAACACAAGGGUGA